AUGGACCCGAUCACCACAAUCGGACUCCUUGGCUCAAUAGCCAACCUCAUCACCAUCACUGGAGAGACAAUUCAGCUGGUAAGAAGCUUCAAGGAUGGCGAGCGCGAGCUAGCGGAUUUAUCCAACCAGCUAUCACUUUUUGAAGAAAACCUCAAAGGCUUUGACCGGGUCUUCCGAAAUCGUCGGGUUGUCCACCAGAUCUCGGUGGAGACGGUGAAGAAUGGCAUUGACGAGAGUUCCGCGACACUGAAGGACUUGAGGAAGCGACUUCAACAAAUCGCCAGGUCGGAGAGCUCAACUAUCAGACGCAUGAGAUGGGUUCAGCACAAGUCGAGCCUCGAGAGGAUCGAUGGCCGCAUCAAGGGCCAGUGUGCAAUGCUGCACAGCUUGGUCUCGGUUGCUCAAAUGGAAAUUAUGUUGGCCAUGUGUAGCCAAAAUCCCCAACUUCUCGAGAUCUGCUCCAACGUUGCGGAGGAGAUGGCGAGAGACACGAUUGACCGGCGUGAUCUUCCUCUCCUUCGCACACCUACCGACCCUGCCCCCAGAGUCGACCGCCGACCAGCCGCGUACCAGGAAGAAAACAUAAGAGCGGUCGUGAGAAACUCUGUAUCAUCGGCGAAUUCGUCAGACGGCUCAUUAUUGGCACCUGGAGCGUGGAAUAUGCCUCGACGGAACUCUUCAUCGACUGGGUCAAGCAUCGGCAGUUCAACAGCCUCACCAGCAACAUCCAUUUUUUCGAGUCUCAAUGAGUCGGCUUCGUCGAUCACUGUCCCAGAUCAAGAUGAAACUAUACAAAGUCCGAGUCUUGUACGCGCCAACAGAGCUAGGACUGCCGACACAGGUGCCCUGGUGAUUCGCCGCGCCUGUCGAUUCGACUGCUACUGCCGAUGCCACAAGCAAAGCAUGGAGGUUUCUAACGACCUAUUCUCCAAGUUCAACUCGAGCAUAUUCAAGCAAUCAAAGGCUACACGAAUCGAAUGCUCUGAGCCAGACUGUGCGGGAGCAACAUCCUCACAGACCCGAGUCUUACCAUCCGCUUUCUUCCAUCGAGCCGUUUCACGUUUGGCUUCGAUGCAAGGAGUGAGGCUCAGGUACAAUCUCAACACAUAUCGAAUGGUGCCAGAAGGUUCUGAUGCAAUGCGAUAUGUUAAACAUGGCAACCUGGACAAGCUGAAGAUGUCCAUCUCAUCCAGGGAGGCCUCACCCUGGGAUACGGCCCCUGAUGGGUGGUCUCUCUUACAUACCGCGGUCUAUGCAAGACAGCUACCGACCGUAAAAUAUCUCUGCGACAUCGGCGUUGAUACUGAAGUCGCAGACCUUGGAGCUAGAAAACCGGUCGACCUGGCGAUUCUCAAGUCCCUAGCCGCAGACGCAACUGAAGUAGAGAAAGAGAUUGUGCGCAUAUUCGCCAAAGACGACGACUAUCUCGAAGACUUUGAAUUCACCCCCAUCCACAUCGCCGUUCUGGAUCUCUACGACGCCAGCGAUCCGGAGCGACCGAAGCUGGAGGACCUCAUUGAAUUUUUGGAUAAUGCGAACAAUGCUCCGCCGGGGACAAACUGGGCACGAUGGAAGAGUCGAUACCAAAAACGAUCACCGUUGUAUGCGGCCAUCACCGAGCAGUUCCGCGUGUCCGCCUUGGAAAGCGACGGCGCGCGCAAAGUGAUCCAUAAUCUCCUCGACCAGAAGGACCGAAAGUUCCACUGGACUCCCCUGCAUUGGGCCGCAGUGACCAAUCGUGCCGACAAGAUGAGGAUUCUAGUCGAACAUGGUGCCGACCCCUUCAUCCAGUCCAACCUGAAUGCGAAUAUCAUCCAUGCCGCGGUCGAGUCGAAUGCGUUGCAGAGCUUGGGCUACGCACUCGAGCUGAGCAGAUGCUAUCCGGAGCAGUUGAACAUCAAUCAGCCCAAUAUCUGGGGAGAGUCACCGCUGAUGAUGGCCGCGCAGGGGUGUCUAGUGGAUUGUGUCCGGUUGUUGCUGGCCGAGGGAGCUGAUCGCGCAGUAAGACAGGAGAAUCAACAGGUGGCGCUUCAUUACGCAGGAUUAUCCUCUCGAGGAGAAAGCAGACGGCAGACGGUUGCCUUACUUUGCCAGAACAGCGGACAAGACUUCCACCCUAUCAACUCGCAGGACGAGGAUGGACGACCGCCACUGUUCGACCUUCUGGAUGAUGCGAAAUGCGUGGAGGAGCUGAUACGCAAUGGUGCCAACCUAAGCAUACAGGACAUAACAGGGAAGAAUGUAUACCAUCAUGUAUGCAUACAGGACGAGAGCGAGUCUCUGAGGACCCUCCUACGGCUAUACCCGAGCACCGCCCUGUUGAAGCAAAAAGACCAUGAUGGGAACACUCCGCUCAUCGAAGCACUGCAGCACGAAAGUACAAGGAGCGCAAUAAUUCUUCUUGACUCUGACGAUGUUGGCGAUGUGUACGGAGGAGAUGGAUGGGCAGCGGUUCACUAUGCAACCAAAGUUGGAGAUCCGCGGCUGUUGGAGAAAGUGCUACAGCAUUCAAGCUACAGGAAAGGAAUGAGAACUCGCGAUGGGAAAACAGCCCAGGUAAUUGCGAUGGAGUCUGGAACAUGGUGUGGGCAAGUAAAGGAACUCUUGAGGAAGUAUAACUCGCUGGCAUGA